GUCACCGUGGCGUCCCAUCAGUCUCCCGUCGAGGAGGAGGAACCAGAAUACCUGCCAUACCCAGCAACCAAGCUCAUCAUCGCGCAGUACUGGCACUGCUCGCGCGACCCGCCAUUUUGGGGCUAUCUCAUCGUCGGCACCUUUUUCGACCAGCACAACAAUAUUGUCUGGAGCACCGAGGUUUUUGCCUUUCAGCGUGACACUCGCGGUGACCGGAGACACUGGGACGACGAGGGGCAGUUUAUCGAGGUGUCGGAUUCGGAUGCAAACACCAGCCAAGACCUGAACGACAGAUUCUCUCGCAGCCUCAACCUCGCUCAGGCCAACAGCGCACACCAUCAACCGGCACACAUUCCGGCGUACGGAUACCAAAUACUCCCACGCCACCUCUGGGAUCCGUCGCACGCAGUCCCCUUUCCCGGCACUUGGAUCACGGAAUUCAACCCCGAGCUCGGAAACUGGGUAAACACCUGGCAGCCAAACCACAACUAA